GAAGGUUCAUUCCAAUCUGGCAGACCUGUGAGUGCUUCUCUUACUCAAUCAGAAACUGUUAGCCCAGCCAGAGAGUCAUUUGCCUGUUAAACUGGUGGUCCCAACGCCAGAUGAGUCGAGAUGUUGAGCCCUAAAUAGUAAUCUUAGGUGGUGUGAGAAUUGAAAUCAUUCUGCGUUGUCAACACACCAGCAGCCAAAUGAGCUGUGAGAUUGCAGCCUGCGAUGAGACACUUUUGUCAGAUGAGAAGCUACUGUCUGACUCUGGGAGAAGGUUAGUGCUGGCAGUUUCCCAGCAGAAAACAAUACAUGGAACAAUUUCUGAAUCAGUGCUACUACCCAUGAAGCAAAAUAUCAGUCACCCAAAUGAAGUGUUUAGUUUGGAGUGGAGAGUAAUUCAGAACAAGACAGUAAGAUCUAUCCUCAUAUUUUCACCCCGUUCCCCCAUCCCAUAUGUCUCAGAAUCUUUUAAAAACCGAGUGAAUUUCUCCCACUCCAAGUCUGAAUUAUUGCUGAAAAAUAUCCAGCUGAGUGAUGAAGGGAUAUAUGAACUCGAAGUAACGACAUCAGAUGGAAAAUCUACAAAAUAUGCUGUCAUGUUAACGGUUAAUGUUGCUGUCUCUAUUCCACGUAUUGAGGUCUUUCCUGAGGUUCCUCAGAUGGGGGACAAUGUCACUCUGCAAUGCUCCGUUCUAGAGGGGAACUUGGUCCAGUACAGCUGGUACAGAUGUGAACAAUCUCUGUAUGAUGGUAAAAAUUAUCGUCUGUCCCACAACAAUCGCUCCUUGACUCUACUGAACAUACAGGAAAGUGAAGUUGGCACUUACAGAUGCCAGGCAAGGAACCACAUCAGUGUCAAACACAGAGACUUUGUGCUUCAGAUAUGUACAGCAUCAACAUCAGUCAUUGCACGCUAUGUGUACAUUGGUUAUGGAGGUUACCCUGGAUACAUUGGGUACAUCCUCAUCCUUGUGCUAUGUUACCAGUGGAUAAAAGAAUUGCAGAAAAGGCCCAAGGACAAUGAUGCAAUUUAUGAAAACAGUAAACCAGUAAAGCAGAAGCUUUCAGUCACGCGGUCAGCAGAAACCAAGAUGUGCAACAUGCGAAUGAGCAACAGAUGGGGCAGAUAAAGCCUGGUGAAUCUGUACGGUGCCACAUCGACAGUCUGUAUGAACAAUACAACAGCAGAAUACUGCAGCUUCUGGAGAUCUGUAAUGAAAACAGAAAGUGCAGCAGAAAUUCAAAGUAAAAACAUUAUAAAACUGUAAGAUAUCAGAGCUGAAGUAGGUCAUUCAGCCAUUCAAUGAUACCAUGGUUGAUCUCAAUCCAUUGUCCUGCUGUUUGCGCAAUAUAUUUUAUUCUGAUUUUUCUGA